CCGGACGGCUAGCUCUGCUGAACUCUCGCGUGAACGGUGUUUUCCCGUUAGGACUUGCCAAGGUUCUCACUUUCCGUCAUGGCGCUGAAGGUGGCAAGAGGUGCCGGCAUCGCUGCGAAGGCAGUGCUCAGGCCAGCCCUCCUCCGCCGCCCUUGGGAGGUUCUGGGUGUCCACAAUGCCCCACAAAGGAACAUCUCACAACACACAAUUCCUCCAUCAGCUAAGUAUGGUGGGCGGCACACAGUAACCAUGAUCCCAGGGGAUGGCAUCGGCCCUGAGCUCAUGUUGCAUGUGAAGUCUGUGUUCAGGCAUGCAUGUGUGCCAGUGGACUUUGAAGAGGUACAUGUGAGCUCCAAUGCUGAUGAGGAGGACAUCCGCAAUGCCAUCAUGGCCAUCCGCCGCAACCGCGUGGCCCUGAAAGGCAAUAUUGAAACAAAUCAUAACCUGCCGCCAUCCUACAAAUCCCGAAACAACAUUCUGCGUACCAGCCUGGACCUCUAUGCCAACGUCAUCCACUGUAAGAGCCUGCCAGGAGUGGUGACCCGACACAAGGACAUAGAUAUCCUAAUCGUGCGGGAAAACACAGAGGGCGAGUACAGCAGCUUGGAGCAUGAGAGUGUGGCAGGAGUGGUGGAGAGCCUGAAGAUCAUCACCAAGGCUAAGUCCCUUCGCAUUGCUGAAUAUGCCUUCAAGCUGGCCCAGGAGAGCGGGCGUAAGAAAGUGACGGCUGUGCACAAGGCCAACAUCAUGAAACUGGGCGAUGGACUUUUCCUCCAGUGCUGUAGGGAGGUGGCAGCCCGCUACCCCAACAUUGCAUUUGACAGCAUGAUUGUGGACAACACCACUAUGCAGCUGGUAUCCCGACCCCAGCAGUUUGAUGUCAUGGUGAUGCCCAAUCUCUACGGCAACAUUGUCAACAACGUCUGUGCAGGGCUGGUUGGGGGCCCAGGCCUUGUAGCUGGGGCCAACUAUGGCCAUGUGUAUGCGGUGUUUGAGACGGCUACAAGGAACACAGGCAAAAGUAUUGCCAAUAAGAACAUUGCCAACCCCACAGCCACACUACUAGCAAGUUGCAUGAUGCUAGAUCACCUCAAGCUCCACUCCUAUGCUACCUCCAUCCGCAAAGCCGUCUUGGCAUCCAUGGACAAUGAAAACAUGCACACCCCAGACAUUGGAGGCCAGGGCACCACAUCCGAAGCAAUCCAGGACAUCAUCCGCCACAUCCGCAUCAUCAAUGGGAGGGCUGUAGAGGCUUAGCUCUCCCUGGAACCAUCUUGGCCUGUCCAUAGAACCCCUUUCUCAGCCCAGCAUGCCAGUCAGCUUGGUGGGUAGAUCCCACAAUAAACCCACUUCAGCCCCAGA